GACGCGGCGGGGCUGCAGCCGGCGCCGGAGCCUCAGUCGGUGCCGAGCGGCCGCAGCGAGCCGGAGCUGCCGGGGCCAUGGGCUGGCGGGCGGGGCAGCCAUAGACGCCCGCCGGGAAGAUGGCGGAGAGGAGACGAUACUGCAGCCCGGAAGAACGGGAGAUCCCGGGAAAGAAUACAUCUCCCUCUGCUGUAUUCCCAGUCUCUUAGGCUCCGGGCUCAGAUGGAUGCUGCUCCAGUAAAGCUGGAAUGGGUGGAAAUCAUAGAGCCUCGCACGCGGGAGCGCAUGUACGCCAACCUCAUCACGGGGGAGUGCGUGUGGGACCCGCCCGCCGGCGUGCGCAUCAAGCGCACCAACGAGAACCAGUGGUGGGAGCUCUUUGACCCCAACACCUCGCGCUUCUACUACUACAAUGCCACCACGCAGCGCACCGUGUGGCAUCGCCCGCAGAACUGCGACAUCAUCCCGCUGGCCAAGCUGCAGACCCUGAAGCAGAACACGGAGUCGCCGCGGGCCUCCACCGAGAACAGCCCGGGCCGCAGCAGCAAUGUCAGCCGGGAAGGCAGCACCAGCUCGUCUCUGGAGCAGGAGCUGGAGGGCAGCGAGAAGCCCCCGGAGCAGGUCCGCCCGAGCCGCCAGGUCACGCAGUACGCGCCGGUGAAGGAGGAGACGGAGAGUUCCUCGCCUUCGGGAGCCUUCGUGGAGAAGGAAUGUGAGAUCUAUCGAGAUUACAACGCGGAAGGCCAGCUCCUCCACUACAGGACGUCGUCGCUGCGCUGGAACACGGGCACCAAGGAGCGCAUGCUCAUCAAGGUGACGGACCGCGAGCCCAGCUUCCUCGCCCACCAGGGCAACGGCUACACCCCCGAGGGCCAGGUGGGCACGCGGGCACGGCGUCCCUCGGGCGGCCAGGCUUCGCCCGGCCUGCAAACCUUCGCACCCGACGCUGACACCUCGGUCUUCUUCCCCGAGAGGAAAGCGUCGCCCUUCCUGAAGCGGGCCGAGCACACGGGCGGCUGCUCCCCGCUGCUGGGCCGCGCCGACGCCUUCUGCUCCCAGGCCCAGCAUCGCAAGCACUCGAGCGAGUCGCAGCCGUCCUCGCCGCGCUACGCCUACGAGCCGCCGCUCUACGAGGAGCCGCCCAUGGAGUACCAGGCGCCCAUCUACGACGAGCCGCCCGUGGACAUGCAGUACGAAGCCAGCGGCAGCUACAAGGCCGGCUCCCCGCAGAAGUCGCCCAUCCGGAAACCCCACCCGUUCCUGCAGUCGCCCAAGCAGGGCUCCAACUCGCCCUACCAGCAGCUGGUGCUGACCCGGCAGAAGUGCCCCGAGCGCUUCAUGAGCCUGGAGUACAGCCCCGCCGGCAAGGAGUACGUGCGCCAGCUCGUCUACGUGGAGCAAGCCGGCGCCAGCCCCAAGCUCAAGACCGGCUUGCGGCACAAGUACUCGCCCAACCCCAUCGGCGGCUCCUACUCGCUGCAGCACAGCCCCUGCCUGAUGCGGGACCAGCGCCUGGAGAUCAAGUCCGGAGACUACAGCAGCAUGGAGGGGCCCGACUUCCGGCACGGCUCCCCCGCCGGCCAGGUCUCCAUGGGAGAGGACUCCAUGUCGUGGUGCAGCCAGCAGGACACCCUGUCUUCCACCGGCUACUCGCCCAGCACACGGAAGAGGAAAAGCCGGAAGCCCUCGCUGUCCCAUGACCCCAACACCUCCUCCACGGACGGCUCGGGGGACCGGGACGCGCUGGCCGAGCAGCUGAUGGCCGAGGAGAGGCCGCCCACCGGCCCCAACCGGUCCCAGAUGAACCGCACGGAGAGCAAGGCGGGCGAAGCCGAGGGCAUGGGGCGCAGCUUCCCCGAGCCCUUUCUGGCCCAGGCACGGCUGGCGUGGGAGGCGCAGCAGGCCCACUACCACAUGAAGCAGCGCAGCAGCUGGGACUCGCAGAAGGACGGCUCGGGCUACGAGAGCGACGGGGCGCUGCCCCUGCCCAUGCCUGGCCCGGUGGUGCGAGCCUUCAGCGAGGACGAGGCACUGGCGCAGCAGGAGAGCAAGCACUGGAAGAGGAACACCUUCGAGAAGCUGGGCUUCCCCCAGAUCCUCCUGGAGAAGAGCGUGUCCGUGCAGACCAACCUGGCCUCCCCAGAGCCCUACCUGCACCCCUCCCAGUCGGAGGACCUCGGCGCUUGUGCCCAGUUUGAGAACAGCCGGCAGAACCGGAACAUGAUGCCCAGCUCCAGCUGCGUCUUCCCCACCUUCAACCUGCGCAAGCCCUCCUCGGAGACGGACAUUGAGAACUGGGCAUCCAAGCACUUCAACAAGCACACUCAGGGGCUCUUCCGGAGGAAGGUCUCCAUCGCCAACAUGCUGGCCUGGAGCAGCGAGUCCAUCAAGAAGCCCAUGAUCAUGACCAACGACCGCAAUGUCAAGAAGGAGGCCUGCGAGAUCUUCAAACUGAUUCAGAUGUACAUGGGGGACCGGCGGGCCAAGACGGACCAGCUCAACGUGGCCUUGGAGAUUGCCACCAAGGGCUGGAGCGUGCAGGGCCUGCGGGACGAGCUGUACAUACAGCUGUGCCGGCAGACCACCGAGAACUUCCGCUACGAGAGCCUGGCCCGGGGCUGGGAGCUCAUGGCGAUUUGUUUGGCCUUCUUCCCGCCCACCCCCAAAUUCCACUCCUACCUGGAGGGCUAUAUUUACCGGCACAUGGACCCGGUGAACGACACCAAAGUGACCCAGCACAUUAAAGAGCUCCUGGACAGGAACAGUAAGAAGAAAUCCAAAUUGAGAAAGAAACCCAAGCCCUAUAUCGAGGAGCACGAUGGGGUGGCGAUCAGCACGUAUGCCAAGUACUGCUACAACAAGCUCCAGAAAGCAGCCUUGACGGGCGCCAAGAAGGGCCUGAAGAAGCCAAACAUCGAGGAAAUCCGGCACGCCAAGAACGCCGUGUUCAACCCCUCCAUGUUCGGGAGCUCCCUGCAGGAGAUCGUCAACAUGCAGAAAGAGCGGUACCCCGACCGCCAGCUGCCCUGGGUGCAGACCCGGCUCUCCGAGGAGGUGCUGGCACUCAACGGAGACCAGACCGAGGGCAUCUUCAGGGUCCCCGGAGACAUCGAUGAGGUCAACGCCCUCAAGCUGCAGGUCGACCAGUGGAAGAUCCCCACUGGCUUGGAAGACCCCCACGUCCCUGCCUCGCUGCUGAAGCUGUGGUACCGGGAGCUGGAGGAGCCGCUGAUCCCCCACGACUUCUACGAACAGUGCAUCACCCACUACGAGAACCCCGAGGCCGCCAUCGCCGUCGUCCACUCCCUGCCCCGCAUCAACAAGAUGGUGCUCUGCUACCUCAUCCGCUUCCUACAGGUGUUCGUGCAGCCGGCCAACGUGGCGGUGACCAAGAUGGACGUCAACAACCUGGCCAUGGUGAUGGCCCCCAACUGCCUGCGCUGCCAGUCCGACGACCCGCGCGUCAUCUUUGAGAACACCCGCAAGGAGAUGUCCUUCCUCCGCGUGCUCAUCCAGCACCUGGACACCAGCUUCAUGGAGGGCGUCCUAUAGCAGCGAGCAGGGGCACCCCCAGCUGCGCCCCGGCCCUGCCCAGGGAAGGUGACUCUCGGGGAGGUGCCGGGCACGGCUGCCUGUCCCCAGCACGGUGCCCCCCCAGUGCCCCCUGACCUCUUGCGCCGGCGGGGGGUGCUGCCCAGUGCCUCUGCUCUGCCCAAUGCCUCCUCCUCCCAGCCGGACCCCUGCCCACGGCACUGCCCGUCUCCCCAUCCGGCUGCUCAGACUCCCGCCCGGGCUCCUGGAGGCUGGGGCUCACCACCGCGCUCUGGUCAGCUCCUAGGAGCCCUGUGCCUUGGGGACCCACCUCCAGCAGAGCCCACACAGGAGGGGGGAAGGGGGCCCAGCUGCCCAGGGUGCCUGCCUGGGACCCAGUUCUGGCCAUGGUGUAGGGCAGGGGGGUGUUUGGAGCCUACAGCUGGGACGGGGCUGGGCCACAGGCUGCUGUCCUGCAGGGCUGUCCCUGCCUGAGCUCCAGGGACAGGAGGGAAGGAGGACGGGCAGGGCUUGCAGGGGGCUGUGCCUGCCCCGGUGCACCUGGCCGCAUCCCCAUGAGAUCGGGGCCAGAGCAGCAGCAUCCAGGCUCCAGGUUCUUCCUUCCAUCAAAGCUGAGGGCUCAGGUCUCAUCCCCUGCUCGGCCCAUGCCUCAGCUCUGGGCACCCUCCGGCGCCGCCUUCCAUGAUGACUUCUCGCUGCUUGUGAGCCCUCCGCUUUCUCCUGCCAUCGCCACAGGCCUCAGCUCAGCCCUGCAGAAAAGAGAGCGGUGCCCAUGGGACAGGAGCCGGAGAGCUGUGCCCAUCGCCCAGCCCCUGCUCCGUGCCAGGCUGGGAUGCUGCAGCUUCGUCCAGGAGACGUGUCCCCCCAGCCUGGCCCUGCCCAUGGACGGGGGUUCCCAGCCACUGCUGCAGCCCUGGAGAUGCAGUGGGACCACCCGGAGCGACGCAGACUGGACUCCAGGCUCUUCGCAGAGCAGCUGGAUGUGCCGCUGCAGCGUGGGAUUCGCCCAGUCCUGCUCUGCCCUCCUGCCCCACCACGGCUGGGCCCCUCCUGGGCUCCCCCAGCUCCCGGCUCAUGCCCCAGCAAGAGAGAGUCAACCCCUUGGAAGAGUCAACCCCACAUCCUGGGUGCCUUCACCACCGCUAUUGCACCUCCCUCUCCAACGUCCCUCCCCAGGGCAGGCUGCAGGGAGCCUCCCUGGCUCCAGCUGCUCCAGAAGAUGCCAGCCUGGGCAGCAGUGGGAUCCCUGCGAGCUCUCCACCCGCCAGGCUGCCUUCCCUGGAGGUCGGUACCAUCCAGCUGGUCCCCAGCCUUCCUGACCCAGGUCAGCAGCCAUGCAGGGAGCCGGCUCUUCUGCGUCAUGACGGGGUCAGACCAGCUGCUGGGGACUGCGAGCCAGCAGGGCCAGGGGCCAAGACCAGCUCGCCUAGUGGUGCUCAACCUUUUACACAAGCAAGGCAAAACUUGAACUCAGCCAGCUUGCAGUCCCCCAGCCCAUUCUGUCUGGCCCGCAGGGCCCCUAAACAGUUUAGAAAAUUAAUAUUUAUCUGCCUCGACCGCCUGUCACGCGGCCCUCGAUGGCUUGCCAAAACUCAGUAAGUGGCCCUCCACCCAAAAUAAUUGCCCGCCCCUGAUCUAAACCCUUCGUCAAACUACUGUCACCCUGGCACAGCCCCAGGCAUCCCACCUCAACCUGCCACAGGGGACGUUGGGGGGCUGCGGCAGCCAACGCCUUGCUUCUGUAAACGGGUGUUUAUCUACGGGCCAGGGAGCCAAGGCAGAGGCCGUUCCCCCGCUGCAGGGGAAGGGGAAACCCCCCAGUGCAGACCAGUCUGAGCGGGGGGAAAUCCCUUCCUGCCCAGUGCAGCGGGGCUGAGCCUGAGUGUGGGGGCAAGACCCUCCAGCCAGGACCCUGUGGGGUUGGGGCCGGGAGGAGCAUUGGCACAGCCCAGCCCCAUCCCCAGCCUGGGCAGCAGCACCCAGCGCCUCGGGGGGAAGCUUAAAGCCCCUGUUGCAUGUAGUGGUGGGGGGCAACCAGCACAGCCCAGAAACCUGGGAAAUCCCCAUAGCAGAGCAUGGGCAUCGCUGCACCUAGAUCCUCCGCACCCAAUGCCCAUUCACCCUCUCCUUGACACCUCCAGGGAUGGAGCAUCCCCCCUUCCCUGGCGUCUCUCCCGCGGCCCCUGCUCUGACAGUGAAGAAGUGUUUGCUCAUCUCCAACCUGAACCUGCUUUGCUGCAACUUCCAGCCAUGGCUCCGCGUCCUCCUCUCUGCAGCAGGAGAGCACAGGCGCUGCCCCUCGUCUCUCUGGCAGCCCCUCAGCUCCUUGCAGCCUGCUGUCGUGUCCCCUCUUAAGCACCCACGACUUCACAUGCGCAGAAGGGACCAUCACUCAAGAAUUGGGCUCUACGGCCACGUGCGCUGACAUUCAGCAAGACGCGGUGCAAAUCUAUUGUCUGGUGAGACAGGCAGGUGCCUAGAGAGAGAACCGUGUGGCACGGUCAGCAUCCCGUAGCCAUGUUUUAAAUUGGAUCGAAGUAACGAAACGUUAGAAGCUUUACCUGCAAAAAUGCAAAGACCGACCAUGGGACGAUACGAGGCCAGGAAAGACCGACCGGUGGAGAUGGCCCGGGCAGCCACACCACUCCUUAGCUCAGCUCCCAGCCCCGUGCCAGUGUCUCCUGGACACGGAGCAUGACCUUUGGGCUUGCUCUGAAAUAGCUUUGUGCCCUGUGGGUGUGUGUGGGGCUGCCAAGGGCAGGUCUCCACUGCCGUUCCCCUUCCAGCUAUUCAUGGAGCUGAGCAGGGAGCAUUCAGUCUCAGGGCGAGGAGGAGAGGAGAGCGGCAGCAUGCUGGCACGUGUGAUUCCUGGUGCUCCCCUUUCCCCCAUCACUCCAGCUUUGCAGGUCACAUCGUGCUCUGGCAGGGAAAGUGCCUUCACCCCCCCGGAGCAGGCACCCACCUCAGGAAGGAGCCUGGUUUGCUGGUGUGAUGAGCUCGCGGUUAGCACCAUGGGGACCCUGGGGAGCGGUGGUGGCCCCAGCUUCUGCCCCCGGAGCCUUCCUGGAGCGGAGUGAGAGUUCACGGUGCCAUGGGUCAGACUGCCCGGGGCAGACGGACUAACCACAGCAGUCCUGCAUUGCUUGAGCACCUGCCGCUGGCUUGGAUCUCUCCUCUCCCCGCUGCAGCAUAGGAAAGGCACAGGCAGCCCCAAGGAAGCCUUGCCUGGCUGGCACUGCCGGGUCAGGCCUUGUUCCCGGGCUCACACAGGAGGCACACACCCCAUCAGCACCUGGGCAGGAUCCUCGGGGGGCAGCCGUGUGGAGGAGGGCACCAGCAACUCCGGCAUGUGGGGCCUCAGCGCGUCUCAAGAUCCAUCCAGACAGCAGCCAGAUCCCAGCUCCUUCCUGGACUUGCCUGGGAGCAUCUCAGCCGCCAGCCCAGACUGCAUCACCACAGCACCCAUCCAAAGCAUGGACCAGGGGCACCCUGGCUCCUUCGGGCCCUGGGCAGGAUGUGACCCACGGAGGAUGGAGGGCAAGCACUAGAAAUCUUCCAAACAGGGCUCGGCGUUGCAGAGACACGGCCCCUCCUGCCAUCCCGGGGCAGGAAGAGCGUGUCAGCCCCAUCUCAGCAGCGACAUCCCUGUCCGACCCCGUGAGGCCAGGCCCAUCCGCAGUCUGCUCACGGUGCCCUGGACCCGCAGCUGCGUCCUACCGGGCAGAAGCCAGCCCGGAGGGCCCCUGGCUACGAGGUGCUGAAGUCACCCACGUCACUGCCAACAAGCCAGCCCCUCGCUCACUGCAUGCCCCAUCGCACGGCCCCUGCUUCCCGGCAGGGUGGGAGACACCAGCUCCUGGCUUGGCCUCGACUAGCCCCAGCUGCAGCAUCGCCAGCUCCGAGUUUGUCGGACCCGGGUGUGAGUGCCGCCUUCCAGGCCGGUCCAGCCGUCUCGGGAGACCUAGAGAGAGGCACGCAUCGUCUGCUUCACCGCCGCCAUCGCUUUCCGCCCAGACGCUGCUUAUCCCUCGCGCCGUCGUCCAUCCGCUGCACGCGCUCGCGCCCGUUCAUGUCCUGGGGCCCCACGCGGGGACCCCUCACGGCUUCUGACCAAAAAUAGAAACCCGCUCGCCUCUUGCCCCUGCCUCCCCCAGGCUGGUGCAUCCCUAUCCCCUCGCCUGCACCAUGCUCGUUGUUCCCUGGUGGGGAUGGAGCCAUUCCUCGGGGGGUCGGGCACAGACCCCCUGGCAGGGACCCCCAUCUGGCUUCCCUGGGCAGCAGCCACCUCCCAGCCUUUGCUUAGUGACCCCUCUCUGCUCCUGUCUUCCUGGUGCAUGGAGAGGAGCAGCACCCCGGGCAUGCUCACAUCCCGCCCCAUGCCAACAGCUGGGGGCACGUGAGCACGGCUCCCUCCAUGGUCCCCACGGAGCAGCUGGCACAUGCGUGCCCCUGCCUGGGAGGCACUCAGUGGGGAGCUGGAGGGCCUGGGAGCAGCACCUCUGUUGCAGGCCUUGUACAGAUGUUCAGUUUCUUCUGGGAGAGUCGCUGCUCUCCCAGGAGAAAACACGAGCGUCCAGAUGUUCGGGCUUUUUCUCCCAGAGUAAAAAUGGCCUCUCCAGGAGAAAAAUAACCUAGGUUAAAUCACUCUCCUGGGAGAUGGAAUGUCUGUCCAUGCUGUAAGACGCAGGCACAGGCAAGGGCUCCUCUCCCUGCAACAUCCAUGGAGACCUCGCCAGCACCUACCCACCGUGCAGCCCCAUGGGAGCAGUGCCCCUUGCCGGGGCCGCGGGCCCAGGCCUGCAGGCCGUUAAUCUGCUUCUGCAUCGCCCCUUCGCUGGCAGGAACCAGCUCUGUUCCAGACGGAGCUGAAGGUUUCCCAUAGGCAGGAGGGCCCCGGGGGUGCCGCCGGCCUCGGGGUCCCGUCGCACGUGCCCCAGAGCUGAGAUCCGGGGAAGAUGGGGAGGUCCAGAUGCCUCGGGAGCCGACAGGAACGUUCCCCUCGACCUGCCUGGGGCUGAGCCUAGCGUCGGCGGGAAUGAGCUGGACUCCAGCACGGGGCAGGCAGGAGGCGCGACCCAGCCCCGUCCUCCCUGCCCCUGCGUUUACCGACAAGACCUGUACAGAGAAUUUUUUUAAACCACCCCCAGCCCUCGUGAUCGCGCCCAGACCUCCCGCGCCAGCCCCGGCCCCCCGCGCUGUCCCGGGGGCCAGUCCCGGUCUUUUUCUCUCUCUCCUUGGUACAAACUGGACUCUUCUUUUCCUCCUGGUUUUUAUAUCGACGAUUUUUUUUUUUUUUUUUUUAGAAACGUUUUUAUUUAUUAUUAAUGGGAUGAAACAAGGCGGGAGCCGACGUGCCGAUAGCCGGCGCCGCGCGGGGUGGGUGGGGGGGUUGUGACUGGGAGCGUGUUCUCCAGGAGCAGACGGCAGACAGGGAGCUAGCCCAGUACAGCCCAGUACAACCCAACCCAUUACAGCCCACCCCCCGGUCAGGGAUCUGUGGAAGCAAACGCCGUGACCACUUGCCAAACACCUCAGUCCAAUGUCCUCCCUAACCACGGACCCGCUGCUAGCAGCUCCCGAGAGCCAGGGCUGGAGGCACUGCAGAGCCCUGCUCCCCCGUCAGCUGCCCCGGGGGUCCCCCAGCUCCAGGGCACUAGACCUGGCGUCGCUCGCCACCUCGACCGCCCCGGGCAGAGCAGAACCAGCCCCCCACAAACGGGGCUGGGCUCUCCUCUGCUGGGGCCGCUGCACCCGGCUGAGUCCGGACAGGGGCAACACAUGCCAUCUGCGGCCAAUUCGCAGCCACGGGAACAGGGUGCGGGUGUAAAUCAGCAGGGCCCGAUCCUGCGCGGGCACCAGGCAUCGCCAAGAAGCCCUCCAUCCCGAGGGGCUGCACCAGCGGAGCAAGCACAGGAAGCUCCCCCAGGUCUGGGCCAGCGUAACCGAGACCAGGAUCUGGCCCAGGCCCCGGAUGCCCGGGGUGGCCUCCGGUUUCCAUCUCAUUUUCCUUCCUUCCCAUCAAAGCAAAAGGGGACGUCCAACCGUCCCUCCCUCCUUCUCCUCCUCUUCCUCGGACAAUCAUCUCGGGCGCUGGGGCUGGCCUUCGCGGCGGCAGACGGACGUUGCAGAGCCGCGCCGGGGACCUGCGGCGACACGGGCCUCGGAGGCGAUGAAGCGGGGGGCAACUACUGCGUACCGUUGUCUGACUAACUCUGUAAUUACGAAGCAUGGACAUGUAGAGGCGACUCCAUGUUGUGUGAAUAAAGCUCCAUACGGACAUUG